CUUGAUUGACGUAGCGAAGCUUAUCCAGAGAUAUCAUUGUUAACCUGACAGGAUGGCACAGAAAGCAAUCCGUAAUUCUGCAGUGAAAGUGAAUUCGGAAGAACUGAUGUUGCCUUGUGAAUGGCAGCUUUGUUCUGCGGUGUUUAAAUGUAUGAACACGUUCACGGAGCAUGUCAACAGCCACAUGGUCGAGUAUUUCAACAACAAGUCUGAGGACAAUAGGGAAGAGCGUCGGUGUCACUGGCGAGAGUGUAGAUCAGAAAUAGACGAGGAAGCUGUUUACUAUGUGCGCCAUCUGUAUUUCCACCUGUUUCACGAGAAGAUUAAGUGUGUUGGAACUUUGUUACUUGCGAAGACUGGAAGGGAAAACUGCCUGUUUGAUACUCAGAGUCGUAACAUGGUCCCUGAGCUGCCCGAGAGCUUUGUCUGCGGAUGGCUGGAAUGCAAUGUUCGACUGGAGAAUGCUGACCAAUUCUACAAACAUGUGCAGAGCCACACGGACUGUUACCCUGAUGGCAACCACGUGACUGGUGGCUGCAAGUGUCUCUGGCAAGGUUGUGCUAUGUGUGUGAAGUCUCGGCACAAGUUACGUGACCAUCUGAAGAGCCAUACCCAGGAGAAAGUGGUCGCCUGUCCCACGUGCGGAGCCCUUUUCUCGUGCAGGACAAAGUUCUUUGAUCAUCUAACAAGGCAGCCAGGAUAUAGCACAGGCAAACAGUACCAAUGCAGUCACUGUAACAGCACAUUUGGAGCAGAACGGUUGCUGAGGGAUCAUAUGCGCUACCAUGUGAACCAGUACAAGUGUCCGUUCUGCGACAUGACAUGUCCGUCCCCAUCCAACAUGCAACUCCACAUCAAGUAUCGUCACUCAUCAGAGAAACCGUACAAGUGCCUGGCCUGCGAGUAUAGAGCCAAGUCACCAGCGGAUUUAAAGUCUCAUCAGGAGACCCACUCAUCAGGGGAGGAGUUUCGCUGUGAAAUGCCGGAGUGCAACUAUGUUACGAAGAACUUCCGAACCUUCCAGAUGCACUUCCGACGAGAACAUGAGUCUGACAAGCCGGUUUAUGAAUGCCACGUAUGUGCUUCAUCCUUCUCAAGAGGAGCACUCCUGUCCAAGCAUCUUAAAAGCAAGCACAACUUUAACUGGCCUUCCGGACAUUCUAGAUUCAGGUACAAAUGCCAUGCUGAUGGAAAAUGGCGUCUGCAGACAAUUCGGUACGAGAGCGUGGAUCUUCAAACGCAGGAGAGUACAGACCAUCUAGCUACACCUGAACACAUGGAUGAUGAUAUGAAAGAAGAUGACUCAAUGGAGGUGUCUGCUGAUUCCAACAUUGCGACUGAACAUGAAACGGUCGAAGGGGAAGGAUCUGGUAAACAGAUGGAAUUGGAGCACACCAUUUAUCAUAUGCCAAAGCUUGUAGAUUCAAACUCAAGUUUAAAUGUAAGUGCUAGUCAGAAUAACAUCUGUGUAAUAACAGUGAGGAAAAAGUGUAAAAGUGAAGCAGAUUUGGUUGAAGAGGAUCAGGAAGGUUUUGUUGGGGGACAGGGAGGAAAUGAUGACAACGAUGACAAUGAUGAUGACCUCCAAAGUCAGUCCGAAGCUGACUUCUGUGAAGAUGAUAGUAUGAUAGAAGAUACAGACUUUGAUAACAUUUAUGAUGAUGAAGAGGAUGAAAAUACUGACAGAACAGACAGAGAAAAUGUUUCUGUGUCAGGACAAUUUCGAAGUAAGAUCGUUAAGAACAUUGCAGGAAGAAGCUCACAAAGAUCUGGGUUAAGAAACUUAAAGAAAAAACAGCUGGGAAAAUUCCAACACUUCAACAGUGGAACAAAAAGUCAAGCAGAAGAAAUUGAAGAAGAACCAAUAGAAAUUCAUAUAGAAAAAAACAGUGCAGGGGAGUAUGUAAUGAAAACAGGGCGCAGUUAUACACCAAUCCCUGAGACUGUAACAAACGCCUUAGGAACUGAGGAGACCAUGCUGUACAAUCUACAGAUGCUUGGUGAAGUGGCAAUGCAAAAACAGAAGAAAAGCCAGGAGCAAUGACAUCUAGGAGUGCGCUCACAUCAACCAAUAAUAUGUAAGGGCUGUGUUGAGCACCAAACAAUAAUAUGUAGGGGUUUUGUUUACAUCAAGCAAUGACAUGGAUGGGUUGUGUUUACAUCAAGCAAUGACAUGGAUGGGUUGUGUUUACAUCAAGCAAUAAUAUGCAAGGGCUGCGUUUUACAUCAAGCAAUAAGAUAUAGGGGUUGUGUUCAUAUCAAGCAAUAGCAUGUAAGGAUUGUGUUCACAUCGAGCCAUAACAUAUAAUGCCAAUAAAAUGUUAAUGCCUAUGUGAAACAAUAACAUGUUUACUGCUUCAAUAUACACAAAAUGUCUUUAGUUUAACUGAAAUAUGUAGUUUGAUUAUGCUGGUAAAUCUCAAGGAGACAUUUAGAUGUGCUGGCCAUCUGUCAGUAUGUAUAUAUGAUUAUGUCAUAGUUUGUCAACGUAAAAUGUCUGAUACUGCUGAACAGGUUUUGAUGAAACUACCUUAGAAGGAUAAGUACCAAGCUUGUUUAUGCAUUAACAAUAACAUGUUCAGCUCAGGUUAUUUUAACAGGCAUCCCUUUGAUUUUUAGCCAAAUUUUUCAUAGAAAAAUAACGGGUUAUAGAAUGGCAAAAUCCAGGCGGGCGGGCAGGCGGGCGCUAACAAUUCUGCGUUAAACUUUUAAUUUUAUGUAAUAAGUUUUUAUCCAAUGGUUAUCAAACUUGGUCAGACUAUUUGUUGGCAUGUUAUCUUGAAUAUAUAUGAAUAUGGGUCAUCUCGGGUCAAAAACUAGGUCACAAGGUCAAAUCUUUAAAAAGAUAUUUAACAGUAAUGAAUUCAUACAUUUUUAUCAAAUCUUGAUGAAACAUGGUCAGAAUGCUUGUCUGCAUUAUAUCUUGCAUAUUUUUAGUAUGGGUCAACCCGGGUCAAAAUCUAGGUCAUUAGGUCAAAUCUUAGGAAAAAUAUUUCCACGUCAUAAAUUCAACAUUUUUUUAUAAAACUUUGUCAGAAUAUUUUUCUGCAUAAUAUCUUGCUUAUAUUUUAUAUCGGUCAUCCAGGGUCAAAUUCUAGGUCACUAGGUCAAAUCUUAGGAAAGUCUUUCCACGUCAUAAAUUGAACUAUUUUUGCCAAAUCUUUGUGAAACUUGGUCAGAAAAUUUUUCUGCAUAAUAUCUUGAAAGUUCUUUAAUAUGGGUCAUCCCCGGUCAAAAUAAAGGUCAUAAGGGCAAAUCUUAGGAGAAAGAAUUCCACUGUCAUAAAAAUUCAUUUAUUUUGUUAAAUCUUUAUGAAACUUGGUCAGAAUAUUUGUCUACAUGUUGUCUUUAACAUUUGUGAAUAUGGGUCACCUCAGAUCAAAAACUAGGUCACUAGGUCAAAUCUUAGGAAAUAUUUUCCGAUGUCAAAAAAAAUAAUGAAAUCUUAGAUAUUAAAGUGUGUCAUCUAGGGUCAAAAACUAGGUCUCUGGGACAGAUCUUAUUGGAAAAGCCGAGGUAUUUAUAAAAUGUUCAUUUUUCCUCACACAAAUGGAAUAGUUUCUGUUGAUCAGGUUAUUUGUAUGAACGAUAUCUCCGAUAAGUAUAAAUAUGGGUCUUAUUGGUUAAAAACACUAGGUCACUAGCUCAAAUCCUAGGUUUGCAAAAUUGCAUUGUCAAAUAAAAAAUCCGGCUUUAAUGCGGCAACGCCGCAUUGGCAUCUUGUUUAAAUAUAGCAUCCAAAGGGAGAUUCACUGUAGGAUUUAUCCAAAACAUGGUCACAUUUAUUUUCUACCUUGGCACAAUGACUCAACAUUAUGAGUAUAUGUGCUUUAAUUAAAAGGUUUUCUAAGCGAAUUCAAGAUAGCUGUUGGUUGUAUUGGAUUUUUUCAGUUGGAAAUUUCUUGCACGGUUACCGGUCACGCAGUGUGCCCGAGGGUCAGAUUUUUUUAUCUGGACCGGAAAAACAUGAUUGAUAUUUUUUCUUGCAUACCUAAAAUUAUGAAUUUGUGGAAAAGUUGACGUAGAAAACGCACUAUUGUACAUUUCACUAAAAAGCGCGUGCGACGUUGUUUACUGACAUCAUAAAGCGCAGUAAUUUUAAAUAUCUAUGGACAUCAAAUAGUUCCUCUAAAAAUCGCACUUUUACGAUUAUUUAUUUUCAAUUUUUAUUAAAAGUAUUGCAUACUUAUAUUUUUGAUUGCGCUUUAUUGAAAUUGCAUAAUAUACUUUUCAUAAGCCAUACAAUAAAAGAAAUAAAAAGUGGCGCGUUGUUGCGCUUGACUCAUCUUACAUGGGGUUGUAGGACGAGUUUUUCCAGCACUGGUCACACGAGUGAAAACACACGUCCAGUAUGCAAGAAUUGUCUGUCUUUUAGGUCGUUUGGGGUCUUAAACUAGAAUUCUUAGUCAAAUUUUAGAAAUUUUAUCCGAUCUCCAAACUGAUCAGAAUGAUUGCCUUCAUAACAUUUUUCAGUUUUGACAAUUAUCAGCUGUUGGAACUACUGACACAUGCUAUCCUAUGUAAAUAAACGUGUACAUUUAUUGUAGUAGCCUCUUGGCUAAUGUGGCCGCCAAAUUGUCCACAAUAUAUGAACUGCUUCAUCCUAGUUCAUACCUUCAGUGUGUGUUGUGUUUCAUGUGAAAUAAAUGUGUUGGUCUCACAUAAUAUGGAACUAAAUA